CUUUUAACAGCAGUAUUAAUUCUCAGUCUACCACAAAUCCGGCAUGACUAGCUCCACCAGCAACACAGAUCGGGUUGUUUUUAUUGGGGCCGCUGGGGAGAUGUAUCGCGUGGCCAUCGAACAGUUUGCCACCGCAAGCAAUGCCUUGCUUGUUCUAGCGGAUAUCAACACGGACGCCCUGGAACUGCUUCUCACGAAGCUGCCAACUGGCCGUGCGACAACAAAAAAGCUGGAUCUUUUUGAUGAAGCUAGUUUGCACGACACGAUUGCCGGUGUUGCCCUCGUUGUCCUUGGUGCUGGACCGUACGCGCGAACUUCAGGGCCCGUCCUGGCCGCCUGCCCGAAGGCGAAGGUGCCUUACAUUGACUUUGAUGACGACGAGGAGAGUACUACGGCAGUCCUCGCCUUACAUGAAAAAGCUCAGCAUGCGGGCGUGCCAUGCUAUAUUAGCUGCGGAGCCUCACCGGGUAUGAGCAAUAUGCUGGCCGUUGAUGCCGUCGGCGAUCUUGACACGGUUGAUACCAUCGAUCUCUGUUGGCUUGUCGGCGACGAGCGUCCCGGUAUUGGCAAGGCAGUCCUGAAGAAUCUGAUGUAUAUUGCUGCUGGGCCUUGCUUGAUAUGGGCGAAUGGAAAGCCGUCGCUCAAUGAAUUAUGGGUCGAGACAGGGUACGCACCCAUGGUAGGACAAUCUGGUGAAACACUUUUACACGAGACAGCGUAUCCGGAGCCAGUUACUCUACCACAGCUAUUUCCGACCACCUCUCCAUUGUCUAUGGACGAGGCCGUGAGCUUCUUGGUCAAUCUACGCUAUGCACUGAUGGGCAUGAUUUACCAGAUCCGAAGCGGUGAAUGCACAACUGGAGAGGUACUGGCUUUUAUCGCCUCUUCUGCACGUGGCCAACCAGCGCCAUAUCGUGGCAGUCUACUAGUGCGAGCGAUUGGUUCCCGCCAUGAGCACCCUGCUUUCGUUAUCAAACGAACUACAAAAAGUGGUGAAGGCUCCUAUAUAAUGAAGAACAUGGCAUCAAUCACGGGAACCGCUUGUGCCGCGCUCAUGGUGAUGGCGCUGGAACCAGGGCAGAAGCAGCGGACGGGUGUCUUCGCUCUUGAGGAUUGGGCGAAGCCCCAGGCUUUCUAUCGAGCUCUGGAGCAAGUGGGCACUCCACGCGAGGAGAUUGUGGAAUGCUUUACUUCAUGAUGGGAGUGUCAACAAGGGGGGAGCAAUCAAACGACUUUGACCUCGUUGACGC